UCGUCUUGUUUUCCACAAACUAUAUAAAUUGUUCGUGGAAAGGCUUUAGUAAUUUACUUCCGCGUUCAGUUAUUUGGUUUUCGAUCUUACAAAAUGAUUUGUUGAUCAGAGUAUUAAUCAUGUCUAAUUCACAACAAUGGGCACAACGUAUACAUAAUGACAGCAAAGCAGCUUCUGAAAAAUUGAUGGAAAUUCGGAAGAGACUGAAAGUUUUUAGAGAUAACCCAGGGACUAUACAGAAAAAUCCAAAGGGAGCUUUUGACGAAUUCCUCAGAUGUAUGAAUGAAACUGUUGACUUCUGCACCAACAUGAAGAGAACAUAUGUACCAGAUGCAAAAAACUCCGGAGUUGACCAGGCAGCAUCACGGGAAGUGAAGAGACUGCAGGAAAAGGCGCAGUCCCUCGAAGAUCGGCUAGCGGAGGCCCUGAAGGCGAAGGAUCAGGCUCUCAAUAGAUUAAGUGACAUACAGUGUCGUCUGCUGAAACAAGGGAACCCGGACAUCGCGGAUCUGUCUGACGACAAUCGUCCCACGAACCUUGGCCAGAAUUUCAAGGGCCUGUAUGAAGACGAAUGGACGGACGCUUUAACGUUCCUUACAGAAAGUAGAAAGGAGCGCAUCUCUGACGAGAAAGCCGUUGAAACACUGUAUAAACUGGUCCAGAAGUGUAACAGUCUGUGCGAAGAAGGGGUGGCGCUACAGUCGGCCAGGGUCGCAGAGCUUGUGAUCAGCCCUGACCUGGCUGGUUCUCCUAUAUCGGACGGACAGACUCCUAGUUCCGUCAACCAGCUACCAGCGCAAGUAUUGACACCAAAUCGAGCCCUGAACAUUCCGAUGAAUGCCGCUGGAAGUAAUCCUACAAGGACAGGGUUUGCGUCAAGUAUGAGCGCAGCCACAACAAACCGCACUCAAGACGUUCAGAUUCAACAAUUAUCAAAAACAUUCGUGGUGAGAAGCAACAAACCAAUCGAGCAACAAUGUCAGGGGAAAGAAAAGGCACUUGAGGGAGCAAUUAAAGAGUUUUGCAAGAAUGUAGCCCCCAUGGUCAUCGAACAGUUCAACAUUAAGACACUGAUUUCGAAAAUCAACAGUACACAAGAGUUCCCCGCUGACAUCUUCGACAACAAAGACGGGCUCAAGUUUUUAACGAAGUGCGUGCGCCUGUGUUGGUUGAUGCAAUCACAGUACCCGCCCAUGAUGCUUGAUUUCUCCCACAAACCUGGAGAUCCAUUCAACAAGGAUAUUCUGACAGCGUAUUCUGCCCGCGGACCAAGGAUUGCCUUCAUUGUAUGGCCCCCGGUAAAUCUACACAAGGGCGGACCUCUCGUCUCCAAGGGAUACGCAGAAGGAAAGAACCCAUGAAUUGCCUCAAUGAUUGGAUGUUGUCUUGCCAGCAGUGCUCUAUUUGCACGCGUUUUACUAGAAGUUGAACUAUGCCGUUUACAUGGAGCCUAUCAUAUUCAAGCUGACAAUUGUCUUAAAAUAUAUUUAAUAAGUAGUAUCCGCAACACAGUCUAAGUGAGUGAUUUGUAGUACCUGCUACACAGUUAGUGAGUGUUUUGUAGUAUCUGCUACACAGUUAGUGUUUUGUAGUAUUUGUCACACAGUGUACAUAAAUGUAUUUCAAUCUCUGCUACACAGAGUAAGUGAGUGUUUUGCAGUAACUGCUACUUUGACUUAGUGAGUGUUGUGUAGUAUCUACUACACAUAGUGAAUGUUGUGUAUUAUCUACUACACAGAGUAAGUGAGUGUUGUGUAGUAUCUACUACACAGAGUAAGUGAGUGUCGUGUAGUAUCUACUUCACAGAGUAAGUGAGUGUUUUGUAAUUGCUGCUACACAGAGUAAGUGAGUGUUUUGUAAUUGCUGCUACACAGAGUAAGUGAGUGUUUUGUAGUUACUGCUACACAGAGUAAGUGAGUGUUUUGUAGUUACUGCUACACAGAGUAAGUGAGUGUUUUGUAGAUACUGCUGCACAGAGUAAGUGAGUGUUUUGUAGAUACUGCUGCACAGAGUAAGUGAGUGUUGUGUAGUAUCUGCUGCACUGACAAAGUGAGUGUUUUGUAAUAUCUGCUGCACUGACUAAGUGAGUGUUUUUUAGUUACUGCUGCACUGACUAAGUGAGUGUUUUGUAGAUACUGCUGCACUGACUAAGUGAGUUUUUUUGUAAUAUCUGCUACACUGACUAAGUGAGUGUUUUGUAGUAUCUGCUGCACUGACUAAGUGAGUGUUUUGUAGUAUCUGCUACACUGACUAAGUGAGUAUUUUGUAAUAUCUGCUACACUGACUAAGUGAUUGUUUUGUAGUAUCUGCUACACUGACUAAGUGAGUAAUUUGUAAUAUCUGCUACACUGACUAAGUCAAUGUUUUGUAGUAUCUGCUACACUGACUAAGUGAGUGUGUGUAGUACCUGCUACACUGACUAAGUGAAUGUUUUGUAGUAUCUGCUACACUGACUAAGUGAGUGUUUGUAGUAUAUGCUACACUGACUACGCGAGUGUUUUGUAGUAUCUGCUACACUGACUAAGUGAAUGUAUUGUAGUAUCUGCCACACUGACUAAGUGAAUGUUUUGUAGUAUCUGCUACACUGACUAAGUGAAUGUUUUGUAGUAUCUGCUACACUGACUAAGUGAGUGUUUGUAGUAUAUGCUACACUGACUAAGUGAAUGUUUUGUAGUAUCUGCUACACUGACUAAGUGAAUGUUUUGUAGUAUCUGCUACACUGACUAAGUGAAUGUUUUGUAGUAUCUACUACACCGACUAAGUGAGUGUUUUGUAGUAUCUACUACACUGACUAAGUGAGUGUUUUGUAGUAUCUACUACACCGACUAAGUGAUUGUUUUGUAGUAUCUACUACACCGACUAAGUGAGUGUUUUGUAGUAUCUGCUACACUGACUAAUUGAGUGUUUGGUAAUAUCUGCUACUCUGACUAAGUGAAUGUUUUGUGGUAUCUGCUACACUGACUAAGUGAAUGUUUGUAGAGUCUGCUACUCUGACUAAUUGAGUGUUUUGUAGUAUCUGCUACACUGACUAAGUGAAAUGUUUGUAGUAUCUGCUACUCUGACUAAGUGAAUGUUUUGUAGUAUUUGCUUAACGGAGCCGGUGAGUAUUUCGCUAAACUAUGUAGACAAGCAAUGAUGCAUUUAGUUAUUGUGAUAUUUAUUCAAUAAUAUGUUUACAUGUCAGUUUAAUGCGAUGCAUUACGUAGUGUUAAUGAUCAUGUAACGUUGCAUUUAGCUUAAAUAUUAGCCAACAGGGUUUCAACACACUUUUAAUUACGGUUUACUUUUUAACAAUUUUCUUUACUGUGACAUUUGAAAAAAGCAUACUGUAAUGUUUAUUACGAUAUUGAAAUACAGUCGUGAAGAGAUAUCCUCUGAAAACACAAAAUACUAACUAUAUAAAAAAGCGAUAUUGUGGAUAUUCAGUACGUUCAGUUGAUUUGCUGGGUUGGAUAACUUCGAGUUGCUUGCGCAAAGUCCAUAUCGCUCGAGACCUAUGCAACGACUGAUACAAUCGCAAAUAUCAACCCAAUUACCUUAUAUAUCUUUAACUGCAUAUCUUUGACGUAUUUUGAAAUUUAAAAUUAUAACAGUUUUUCACGAAAUUUCUUUUGCCUAGUAUUGCGGAUGUUAAUGCGCGCAUGCGCUCUAGGGUUACUGUGUGAUAUGAAAUCAGAAAUAAAGUAUGUUAAAUUUUAAAUUUAUGGAAUAAAAUGUGAUAUUUACAAAAUUGUAUUCAGAUUUAAACACCACACAUUUAAAAUACAAGUUACAUAUUUGUAUAGUAUUUCUGUUUUGUUGCGAAUUCAAAUGGAAUAAAGAACUAGAAAAAUGAA